GGGAGGUAUGUAUUGAAGCUGAUGGUGUGUGUCUGCAUGGGGUGGGCUUCAGAAAUAAAGUGAGCUCAGUGAGGAAGGAAAGCGCCUCAGGCUGUGCUGCUCUCACAGCAUAAGAGAGCAAUGUGGAUGGAUCACUUUGAGGUCUGUUUCAACCCACACCUUUCUAUAAUUCUACAAUUCUGUAACCUGUCAGGGCCCUUCCAACCCAACCCAACCCAACUGUUCCAAGGCUCUAUGAUCUUCAAGAACCCUUCCAACCCAACAAUUCCAUGGUUCUGUGAUCUGUAAGGACUUUUCCAGCCCAACCCAGCCAUUCCAUGUCUCUAUGAUCUUCGAGGAAACUUGCAUCCCAACCAUUCUGUGAUUCUGUGAUUUUUGAGGACACUUCCAACCCAACCAUUCCAUGAUUCUGUGAUCUUCAAAGACUUUUUCAGCCCAACCCAAUCAUUCUAUGGCUCUGUGAUCUGUAAGGACCCUUCAACACAACCAUUCAGUGGUUCUAUGAUCUGUAAGGUUCCUUCCAACUCAACCAUUCUGUGGUUAUGUAAUCUUCAAGGACCUUUCCAACCCUAUCAUUUCAUGGUUCUGUGAUCUGUAAGGACCCUCAUCAAAGCCCAACUGCAGCCCAAACAUACUGCCCUAACUCCAAUGCUAUGGGGGUACUGCGGGGUUCUCUGAGGGUCUCUAUGAUUCUGUGGGGUAAUCAAUUCCAGGGAAUCAACUCAGAGAUCCAUUUAAUGCAAUGUAUCCUCUUAAAGACAAAGACAGAGUUGGGCAUCAGUGGGACAUUCAGAGCAGAGCCGAAUUGCACAAAUAUGGCAUUCGCUGUCACCUAAUUACCUUAAUUAUUGCAUUAUUAAUUACAGGAGGUGAUAGGCUGAAGUUUGGACUCAGUGGUUGGGCUCAGUGCUCCAUCCCCAUCUUAAUUAUUCCGUGAUUAAUUAAAGGAGGUGGUGGGCUGAAGGUUGAAAUCAAUGGUCUCAGUGCUCCUUCCUCACCUUAAUUAUCCUGUGAUUAAUUACAGGAGGUGAUGGGCUGAAGGUUGAACUCAGUGUUCUCAGUGCUCCUUCACCACCUUAAUUAUCCUAUGAUUAAUUAAAGACUGAUUAAUUUCAAGGCACAAUGUGAGGUUUAUAAGGAGCACUUUGCUCUCCCAGCUGGGCACACUGCCGAUAUUGAUGGAUUAAUUUGGUAGAGAUAUUUUGACAUUUUUUGGGUCAAUUUGGGACAAUUUGGGGACAAUUCUGGGAUAACUUGGGGAAAUUCUGGGAUAUUAGAAGACAUUUUGGGUCAAUUUAGGGACAAUUUGAGUCAAUUUGAGGACAUUUUUGUUGUAAUUUGGGACAAUUUGGGGACAUCUUCGAUCAACUUGGGGAAAGUUUUGGGGUAAUUUGGGUCAACUUGGGACAAUGUUGAGGUAAUUUGUGACAACCUGGGGACAUCAGAGGGCAUUUGGGAACAAUUUGGGGACAAUUUUAGGAUAAUGGGACAAUUUUGGAACAUUAGAGGAUAUUUGGGCAAUUUGGGCCGAUUUGGGGACAUUAGAGGACAUUUUGGGUCAAUUUGUGUCAAUUUGGGGAAAAAUCUGGUCAAUCUGGGGGCAUUUUGGGGUAAUUCGGAACAAUUACUAGACAUUUUGGGUCAAUUUGGGAUAUUCUGGGGAUAUUUUGUGAACAUUUGGGGACAUUAGAAGACAUUGGGUAAUUUGGGACAACUCUGGCUUUAUUUGUGACAAUUUGGGGACAUCAGAGGACAUUUUGGGUCGAUUUGUGGCAAUUUGGGGAAAAAUUGGGUCGAUCUGGGAACAUUUUGGGGGUAAUUUAGAACAAUUUUAGUACAUAAGUGAACAUUUUGGGUCAAUUUGGGUCAAUUUGGGAACAAUUUUGGGGGUAAUUUGUGAUAAUUUGGGACAUCAGAGGACAUUUUGGGUGAAUUUGGUGAAAAUUUGGGGGUAAUGGGACAAUUUUGGGACAUUAGAGGAUAUUUUUGAUCACUUUGGGGAAACUUGGGACAAUCUGGAAACAGUAGAAGACAUUUUGGGUCAAUUUAAACACUAUCAAGGUUAAUUUGGGACAAUUUGAGGACAGUUUUGGGGUAACUUGGGUCGAUUUGGGGACCUUAGAAGACAUUUUGGGUCAAUUUGUAUCAAUUUGGGAAAAUUUGGGUCAACGGGUAGAGUUUCAGGAGUAAUUUGGGACCUUAGAGGACAUUUGAAAACAUUUAAGGACAAUUUUGGGGUAAUAUGGGUCAAUUUAGAUAUUAGAGGUCAUUAGAGGACAUUAGAGGUCAAGUUGGAUACAAUUUGGGUACAGUUUGGGGAUCAGUUUGGGACAAUUAUGGAACAUUAGAGGACAUUUGGGACAAUUUGGGGUCAAUUUCGGGACAAUUUUGGGUAAUUUGGGACAAUUCUGGGACAUUAGAGGAUGUUUGGGGUCAAUUUGGGGCAACUUUGGGAUAUUAGAGGACAUUUUGAACCAUUGAAACCAUUCCCUCUGCUCCUAUCACUAAUGACACGAGAGAAGAGGCCGACCGCCAGCUCACUACAACCUCCCUUCAGGAAGUUAUAGAGAGCAAUGAGGUCUCCCCUGAGCCUCCUCUUCUCCAGGCUGAACGUUCCCAGCUCCUUCAGCCUCUCCUCAUGUGGUCUGUUGUCGCAGUUCAGCAACCACAGGCCUCUGUCAUAGGAAAGUCCUUUAUUAUUCUUCUUCUCCUACACCUACUAUAUUCUACUGUAUUCUACUAUAUUCUACUAUAAUCACACAACACAGCAGCACACACAUACAUAUAUAUGUGAUUACGUAUAUCUUGGAUACAAAUCUCAACAGUUUCAAGGCCUCCCUAAGCAACCAUAUAUCAUCUUACAUCUUGUUUCUAAGUCCAGUGUUUCUUCUUGAUCAGAGCAUACAGUUCCCUAUUGUAAAAGAUCACCACCCGUGACCGCCAGCUCAGCACAGCAGAAGCAACACAGUAACUAAGCAGGCCUUGCUUUUGCUGCUUAGGCCUGUGAAGCCCAUGGCCUCAUGGAAGUCAGGCUAACUGUGGAUCCCCAUGGGGAUGGACCCCCAGCAAGCUCCACAUAGUCCCCUUCAGCCUGUGUUCCAGACUGUCAUGGUUUUGUGAUUUUUGGUUUUGCGGUAUUCCACAUCAUUACAUCACAUGGGGCACUGGGACUUUAACUGUCAAUGCUCAAGUCCUGGGUACCUGCCCAGAAGAGAAGAAGAACUACAUUCCCCAGGGGAUUCUGCGGUCAGGGAGAGGAGGUUGAACUCCUGGCAAGGUCACCUGAUGUGCUUUUUCUCGCCUGCCCUUCGUCGUGGGUGCUGCUCCCGUCUCCCUGCUGCUCAACUGCACUGCGCAUCUCACCUCAGCAUUGUGCUGAGGCCUAUCCACCUUUCGGACAUUCUCUUUCUCAUUAUAUUUGAUUUAUUAGCUUCAACUCUGAUUAUAUUGUAUUAUAGUGUGUUAUCUUGCUUCCGAUAAUAUACUUAGUAAAUUAGUUUGUUUCUCCUCACAUCGUUGCCGCUGUUUUUAAUUAUUUUUGGGGUCCCCUGUUUCCUUUUUUCCGGAGGCGCGGAUCUGCAGAUCCCUCCGCCCCGCUCGUCAUGGAACCAGGCCGAACCAGCCCUUAAACCGUUGACACAGACCCCUCACCAGCUUUGUUGCCAUCCUUUGAACACGUUCCAGGGCCUCAAUGUCUUUCUUGCAGUGAGGGGCCCAAAACUGGACACAGUACUCGAGGUGCGGCCUCACUAGUUCUGAGUUCCUUUUUCCUGUUCUACCUGGCAGUCCUCCCAAGCAACAUCCUCCCCAUUCUCACAGUUCAGGGCAAUUCCCAACUGGGAUCACCCAUGCACUUCUUCCUGGUUAAUCUGGCAUUCCUGGAUAUCUGCUACUGCUCUGUCACCCUUCCCAAAAUGCUGGCUGACUUAUUCUCAAACCCAAAGACUACCUCCUACAAUGCCUGCAUGGCUCAGCUCUCAUUUCUUCACUUCCUGGGAGCAGUGGAAAUCUUCCUGCUCUUGGCCAUGGCUUGCGAUCAUUAUGUUGCCAUUUGCAAACCCCUGCGCUAUGCCAUGCUUGUGAACAGGACCGUUUGCUGUGCCCUGCUUGGAGCCUUGUGGGGUGGGGGCCUCAUUCAUGGCAUCGUUCUAUUUGCUCUCACCAUCACUCUCCCCUUUUGCGACCCCAACAUCCUGGACAAUUUCUUCUGCAAUGUCCACCAGCUGGCAAAGCUGGCCUGUGCCAACACUCACACAGUGGAAUUGCUGGUGUUCCUCAAUAACAGCUCUGUCAUCGUGCCGUGCUUUGUGCUUCUCCUCAUCUCCUACACAGCCCUAUCGCUGAAUCUCCAGGCGCACUCCUCCGAAGCCAAGAAGAAAAUCACCUCCACCUGCAUUUCCCAUAUGGUUGUGGUUUUGGACACCUUUGGCCCAGCAAUUUAUAUCUACGUCCUCCCCUUCCAGGCUGUCCCAAUGGAAAAAGUCAUCGCUCUAUUCCAUACAGUCAUCUUCCCUUUAACAAACCCCAUGAUCUACAUGCUGUGCAACAAGAUCAGAAGCUCAGUCCAAUCAGACCAAUCAGAAGUUGGUCCACAAAUAGUCACUGCAGUGUGGACUUUUUACAAAGUAUUUUGGAGUAAAUAAAUGAAUGUUACAGUCGUUAUCCUUCAAGAAGUCUUCUAUCAAGCAAAGCCCUGCAGCGAUACUAAAACCCAUAUGGAGUGAUUCACGGCAGAAUCAGUCUGUAUAAAGGAAUUGGCUGUGUGUCAUGAAGUUAUCACUAAGGAUGUAUUAAACUUAUUAGGAGUUAUCUGGUGGGUGGUGAGGGUUUAUACAGCCCUUUGUGGAGUGCUGGCCCUGAUUCAUCUGUUCAAGGCUUCAGUUUCCAGUUAGACACUCACUUUUGGUGCUGCCUUCGUGUUGAGCUCCUUCAUGACUCAGUCAUGGGUUUCCUAUCAGGCCUCAACCAAUCAGGCCAAGCCAACUAUGCUAGGCCUUGCCCCCACCCGCUGUCCUUCAGCACUGAGAAAACCGAGUGUGAACAACUUAGGGAAGGAUGGAUGCUCUGUGCAAGAUCUCAGCAACACCACAAAUCCCUGUUUUUUUUUCCCAUGUCUGCCAACUCUUUAAGUGCUGUAGUCUGAAACCGUUUGGUUCUAAAAUUCAUUGUGGAAAAAUUGGGGAAAAAAUACUUAGAUAAGCUGUAGCGUUUAGAAUGAGUGAAAGGAUAAUGAUGCAGAACUAUAAUUCUGGAGCAAUCAUGAGGCUCAGGAUAACAACAACCCAUUUGCACUCACAGUGCUGCGGAGCAUGUCGGCAUCUCUGAAUUUUUGAGCUGUUUAUUCUCUUGAAAAUUUGGAGGUUAAUAAAUACAGAGGUUGUUUGUUUGUCCCUUCCCAGGCACGCUGGCUUUCUGCUCAGUGUUGGACACCACAUCCAGAUGGAGUUGUUUGUAUCUGAGCAUUGCAGCAUUUGCUGGGAUAAAAACAAGAAGGCUUUGCGUUGUCUGAACUGAGAGGUGACUGACCAGGUUACUGAGACAUGACUUGAUCGACACACGUGUUAGAAUAUGUCAUUUCUUUCUGGCUUGACCUUUCAGUUCAGAUCUUAAUAAAUCAGAGGCCAAAAUGUGUGACCUUCCCCAGGUCCAUACAGCCUCAGUAGAGCAUUAAACACAGCACAGCUGAUGGGCUAUGAGUGAGUCUGGGCAAUACUGACAUCACUCUCACAUCUCACUCUAUUAUCUCAGUUCUCCCUUCCAUGAGGUAUUAGCAAAAUGUAUUUUCAACUGCAGCCUCCAAUGCCCAUCUGUGGUGUAAGUGCAGUGUGUUAACCACAAUGGUGGCAUCAUUAUCAGCUGUGUAGUACGGAUUGUGCUGAGAGAUGGCAAUGAUAACACACCUCAGUUCCAGCAGCAGCAAUGCUAUGUGGCAGUAAAU